CAGGCUCUCUCCUCUCUUCCGCCACCCGCGGAUAAACAAAGCGCGGUCGCGUCGCGCACCACCUCUGUCCUCGCAGAGACACGCACGCAACAGCAUCACUGACCCUCACCACCGCACCUGGCAUCGACCGAUUUCAUCUAUAGUAGCUGACCCUCGUCGAUCGUCACCAUGGAGGACCUGCAGCACCACGUCGAGGGCGUGAGGGCGCGGGGGCGCCAUCACCACCAGCACCAGCUCGUGCGCGAGCGCGGCCGCCGUCGCAUCGUCAAGGCCGCUGCCGCGGAGGAGCGCGCCCUCGUUGUGCCGCCGGAGGAGGAGACCUCGACGGAGGACAAGCUGCUGGAGGGGCCACGGGAUCAUGAAGGAGACGAUGAAGAGGUGGUGGUGGAGCAGAAGGUGGCGCUGCUGCGGCAGCUGGUGCCGGGCGGCGAGGGCAUGGCCGUGGAGGGUCUGUUGGAGGAGACGGCCGACUACAUCGCUGCGCUCAAGGCGCAGGUCGGCGCCAUGCGCGCGCUCACCUGCCUGCUGUCCGGUUCCGGUUCCGGUUCCGACCUCGACGCGCUGCGGCCAGAGUCGCUGGCUGCUGGCGUCCUCACGCCGGACAACCCCAUGUGAGAUCCAGAUCCACAGCAACCAGCGCCAUUCCUGGACUCUGGAGGACGUCUGUUGCUGUUGCUUUCCACUGGGUGGAUUGGUUUUAAUUUACCCAAGUCUAUAUUAGAGUUUUUGUCAGAUUCGUUUCCACAUCUGUGCACCGAAGCAACGUUUUGGAUGACAAUACGAGACUGUUGAAGGUCUUACGGAGUGCUUUAUUCGAAGCACGCUUGGUUGUCGAAAGAGCUUAGUUUUGUCCAAAGGCACCAGGAGAAAGCAAAGUGCGCAACAAACGGAGCGGGAGAGCGGGCAUGCUGGCGGGUGCCAACAACCUUAUCUUUCUACGAUCUAUA